AUGUCUAUGCUCCAGGGUUUACUAUUGAAGGCACUGACAACCUUGGUUCUGAUUACACCUUAUCCGAGAUUGAAACCCGGAUUGUUGAGUGGCCUGUUGCCCGGAUUGCAUCAAUUGGUCCAUUUAAGCGGGACUUACAAUAGUCUAGUCGAUUUACGAUCUGGAUGUCUGAAUCUGUUGGGCUGCAUUUUGGGCCGUGUCCCCGGUCCGUUGUUAGAGGUUUGUCAAAUAUUGUCAGACAAUGUUUUGUCUUCUGAGCAGCAAACCAACCCUUGGAGUGUGACCAAACCCACCAGUUUAUCUUCCGCACCUCAAGUCCCAGUCAGUUUGAGCUGGUCUGUUCAACCCACUGGUCGACCUCGAGGGUCCGCUUGCUGGUCUGGUUUACAAGCUCAAGAUCCCUUUCAACCCUGUUGGCUUGUACAAGUCUGUCUACGUCUGAUUCAUCCUGACGUAUCUACCUUUGCUUGGGAUUCGACUGCACAAACUUCCGAGCCUGAAUUGCCUGACAUCGAAUUAGCUACCGAACAGUCACCAGUUACAAACAGCUGUUUAGCUGUUCGUCAGUUUCAACCUCCUCCGGUCCGUAUUCAAGCUUUGAUGGUUCUUCGAAACAUGGUGCCUAAUUAUGCGGCCUUUCUUAAACCCAGCUUGCCGUUGAUCAAGAAGACAUUGUUAUUUUGUCUUCAAUUAUACUUGUUCAUUUUGCAUUCAUAUCCGGAUUUAUCAAGUUUCCCAUCUCUCCCUCUUUCCCCGUUCCUGUUCUACACUAAUCCGCAUGCCUCGGAUUUCCCAUUUCAACUGUUAGGAUUACAACAAAAACAAACUUCUGUGGUCACCGGCCCUGAAAUUCCUCCUCGUGUUUCUUCCUUUUCUACAAAGCGAUCCGACUGA